UCGGCAUCCUCCCCUCCGCCUUCAAGGUUCGCUGCCAUCCUUCCCGUCUGACCUUCCCGCUGCCUCGCCACCACUCUUUCACCCACGCUUCCCCUGCUCCUUGGACGUCCUCCGCGCCGCUGAGGCAGCUCCCCAGCUGUUACAAUGGACGACACGGAAGCCGCCAAGAACACGGCCACCACCGGCCCCACUUUUGCCUCCCCUCUCUUCUCCUUCUCCAACCCCGGCGGUGCUUCCUUCGGCUCCGGCUUCGGCUUCGACUCCGGCGCUCCUCCGGCUCCCCCGCCGCCGUCCGUUGAGGUCCAGCUCUGCGAGGAAUCGCCCGUUGCGGCAGCUAGGAUGGAGCCGGUCGUGGUCGAUGACUCCUUGACGAUCUACAAGGGGAGAGUGAGUACAUCUGAUGUGUUUGGUGUCAAAGACUCCGAUUUGGUCCCAGGAAAAUAUGAAGGUGGGUUGAAGCUGUGGGAAGGUUCAUUAGACUUGGUGAAGGCCCUGAAUUCUGAUAUCAAAGAAGAUAAACUAAGUCUAGAAGGCAAACAUGUAUUAGAGCUUGGUUGUGGACAUGGCCUCCCUGGCAUUUUUGCAGGUCUCAAGGGUGCUGACCUGAUUCAUUUCCAAGAUUUCAAUGCUGAGGUGCUUAGGUGCUUGACUAUACCAAAUGUAAAAGUCAAUCUUUUCAAGGACUCACCUGAAGGAACAUGUACACCUCGGAUUGUUGGUUUCUUUGCUGGUGAUUGGAGUGAAAUGGAUAAGCUACUACUUUGCGGGGAUGCUGAGCAAGACAGAACAGCCAGUGGUGAUACAGAAGGGCAAAUGUGUAAUGGUUAUGAUAUCAUCCUGAUGGCGGAGACUGUCUACGCACUAUCUUCUCUUCCAAAUCUCUACAGGCUUAUCAAGAAGUGCUUGCGCUACCCUGGGGGUGUGGUUUACAUGGCAGGGAAGAAGCAUUACUUUGGGGUAGGUGGUGGCACAAGGCAGUUUCUGCGCUUGGUUGAAAAAGAUGGCGCUAUGCAACCCGAGCGGCUCAAUGAUGUUGCUGAUGGAUCAUCCAAUGUUAGGGAGGUUUGGAAAUUUUCAUUCAAAUAGAUUAGCACUGCCCUUGUGAUUGUCGGGGAACUGAAAACAUGUACUGGACGCCAUAUUGGUUGAGAGGGAAAUCUUAUAGGAGUUACUGAUUCUCUUAAUCUACCUGUGACUGUUUCUAAAAGCUGAUCUUUUCCUUUUGGAGCACUGCUUUGCUCUUGGAGACUCAAAAAAUUGCUUUACCUCU